UCCAGGUCCAAGAUUCAAUCAGCUACAUCUCGCCCAUUCCCGUCAACAAGAACUUUCGAGCAUCUGUUCAAAGGGCCGUAUGCACUCAACCUCCAGAGCGUGACCUAACACUCGAAGAUCAUGUCUGGGGCCGGAUAUGACGUGGUGGUGGACGUGGAUGAUGAGGGCGACCUAGGACACACCGACUUGCAAGAAGACCUCGAAUUCCACAACUCAAACUUCUCGGAGAGCGCACAGGCGAACAGGAAGGGCGGCGCGUCCCCGGGCCUCCCGUUGCCGGUGACGGCGUCGUCGUCAUCGUCGUCGCGGAAACGGUUCCUCUGGACUCUCUCCUUCUACGCCCAGUUCUUCGACGUCGACACGUCGUCCGUCCUGUCCCGCUGCUGGGCGGCGCUGUACCCGCGCGCCAACUUUCUCGACGUGCUGGAGGGCAACCCGGAUCUGUACGGCCCGCUCUGGAUCGCGACCACCGUGGUCUUCAUCCUCUUCUUGGGCGGCACGAUCAACCAAUAUCUGGUGUCUACUGGGCCGUUUGCGUACGAUUUUAAGCUCCUCAGUAGUGCCGCCGGCCUCAUAUACGGCUACACUUCCGUCAUACCCGUCAUCCUCUUCCUAGCGCUGCGGUACUUCGGCUCUGAGAGCGCCAACCUUCUCGAGUGCUGGGCUCUGUACGGCUACGGCAACCUCAUCUGGAUUCCCGUGUCGCUGGUCAGCUGGACGGGCAUCUCGAUCCUCAACUACGUCUUCGUCGCCGUCGGGUUCGCGCUCUCGGUCAGCUUCCUGCUGCGCAACCUGUACCCCGUCCUCAGCGCCACCGACCGCCAGACCAGCAAGGCGCUCCUCGUCCUGGUAGUGGCCCUGCACGCCGGCUUGGCCAUCGCGAUCAAGAUCCUGUUCUUUACUGCUGGCGGUGGGCCCCUUGCGACCAAGCCGGACGAGGGAGGCGGGUGAGCCCUGAUGUACUGCGAGGCUUCUUCUAACGCGAGGGUGUUUAUGGGAUGAGAGCAGAGCCACGUUAGAAGUUGAGGGAUUUGUCGUUCUCGAUUACUGAUUUGCUGGUAAAUACCACAUAGCCAAGUCUAAGGGCGCUCGACAGGCAGGGGAUUAAUGCAUUGGCCGGAUAGGACAUCGCCUUGUUUUGCACGUCACUAGUAUUGUACUGUAGUUUCGGUCUGCGAUUCGGGUAGAACAGGCAUUGCAUCUUCCUUUCUAUGGAAAAAAAAACGCCCCUUACAAACCCUCAAUAAACAGCCUCCCCUACCGCUCCACCUUCCCGCCCUUGGCCGCCCAGUCCAUCCAGCUACCGGGAUACUCCCCGACAUGCGCCCACCCCGCGUCGCGGGCGAGCCCCGCGGCGGCGCGGCUGCGCACGCCGGCCUUACAGUAGAAGACCACCUCGGCGUCCCGGCCGGGCC